UUUCGUUGUUGACUUGUAUUGUUGACGAAAAAUGUUUGGCGCGAAGGCGCCCUGAAAUUAUUGUGUGAAUUGUUGUAUUUUGCUAGGAAGUUUACAUUUCGUACAAGAUGCCUGCAUUUUUAAAGUAUAUAGAUAUGGAAAACUUUAAGUCCUAUCGGGGGCAUCACCGAAUAGGACCUCUGAAGUCUUUCACCGCCGUCGUAGGACCUAAUGGGUCAGGUAAAUCAAACUUCAUGGAUGCUGUAAGUUUUGUAAUGGGUGAAAAAACGUCUCUACUUCGUGUCAAGCGACUUAGUGAUUUGAUUCACGGUGCUUCCAUCAAUAAACCUGUAUCUAGAAGUGCAUCUGUGACAGCUACGUUUAUAUUGGAGGAUAUGACAGAAAAACAGUUUCAAAGAUCUGUUAUUGGACAAUCUUCAGAUCACAAAAUCGAUGGACAGUCGGUGUCAGUAAGCCAGUACCUUUCGGAGCUGGAAAAGCUUGGCAUCAAUGUGAAAGCUAAGAACUUCUUGGUGUUCCAAGGAGCCGUGGAGAGCAUAGCUAUGAAGAACCCUAAAGAGAGGACGGCGCUAUUUGAGGAGAUUAGUGGUUCAGGAGUCCUAAAAGAGCAAUAUGAAGCAUGCCGUGCAGAAGUGAAUCGUGCAGAUGAAGAGGCUCAGUUCUCGUACCAAAAGAAGAAAGGUGUGGCAGCGGAAAGGAAAGAGGCCAAGUUUGAGAAGGAGGAAGCCGAGAAGUACACAAGACUGAAGGAGGAAUUACAACAACAAAAAGUUGAACUUCAACUUUUCCACUUGUAUCACAAUGAGAAAGACAUCCAAGCUUCUGAAGAGGAGUUGCAGCACAAGCAGUCGGAGCUGAACAAAAUUGAGAAGAAAAGGCAAAAGGCAGAGGACGCUCUCAAGGAGAAGAAAAAGGAGGCUGGGACUGUACAGCGGGAGCUCGCUAAAAUUGAACAGGAUAUCCGCGAAGUGGAAGCAGAAAUAUCCAAGAAGCGACCUACAUUCAUCAAGGCAAAGGAGCGUGUGACACAUACCCAGAAGAAAUUAGAGAGCGCAGUGAAGACCCUUGAGCAAGCACGGAAGGCCCAUGAGGCUCACCAGGCAGAUAUCAGUAAGCUGGAGGAGGAGCUGCGGCAGGUGGAGGAGCAGAAGGCGGCGUGGGAGGCCUCCAUCCUCGGGACCUCCGCCUCGCGCGCCGACGUGCACCUGGAGGAGGCGCAGAUCCGCGAGUACGAGGAGCUGAAGAUGGAAGCGUCGCGGCAGGCGGCGCGCUACCUGCAGGAGCUGGACUCUGUCAACCGCGAGCAGAAGUCCGACCAGGACCGCCUCGACAACGAGAUGCGGCGUAAGGGCGAGCUGGAGAACAAACACCGCCAGAAGGGUCACGAGAGAAACGAGGCUAUGAAGCGCGUCGAGAAACUAAACGAACACAUUAAGAGUUCUGAAACAGCUCUGGAGGAACAGCGGAGGCUAAGAGCUGAAUUGCAGGCGGACGUGGGCUCGUGCCGCGGCCGCGCGGCGGCGCUGCAGGCGGCGCUGGAGGAGGUGGCGGCGCAGCUGGGCGACGCGCGCGUGGACAAGCACGAGGAGGCGCGCCGCCGCAAGAAGCAGGAGAUCGUCGAGAGCUUCAAGCGGGAGAUCCCCGGCGUGUACGACCGCAUGAUCAACAUGUGCCAGCCGACGCACAAGCGCUACAACGUGGCCAUCACGAAGGUGCUCGGCAAGUACAUGGAAGCCAUUGUGGUGGACACGGAGAAGACCGCACGUCGCUGCAUACAGGUGCUCAAGGAGAGGAUGCUGGAGCCCGAGACCUUCCUGCCGCUUGACUACAUACAGGCCAAGCCAUUGAGGGAGCGUCUAAGAGACAUAAAGGAGCCAAAGAACGUGAAGCUGCUGUUCGACGUGCUCCGCUUCGAGCCGGCCGCCAUCCACCGCGCCGUGCUCUUCGUCACCAACAACGCGCUGGUCUGCGAGACGCCCGAGGACGCCUCGCGCGUAGCCUACGACCUCGACCGCAACAAGAACAGCCGCUACGACGCUCUGGCGUUGGACGGUACGUUCUACCAGAAGUCCGGCAUCAUCUCCGGUGGGUCGCUCGAUCUGGCGCGGAAGGCCAAACGCUGGGACGAGAAGCAUCUCUCACAACUCAAGGCUAAAAAGGAAAAGCUGACAGAGGAGCUACGCGAGUCCAUGAAGAAGUCUCGCAAAGAGUCGGAGCUGACGACGGUGGACUCGCAGAUCCGCGGCCUCGAGUCACGCCUCAAGUACGCGCUCACUGACCGCGACGCCACCCUGAAACAAAUUAAGACUCUCGACGCGGAGAUAGCAGAGUUGGAGCACAAAAUGGAGAUGUUCGGACCGCAGAUUGAGGAGAUCGAGCGGACAAUACGCGCGCGCGACGCCAAGAUCCAGGAGAUUAAGGAGAACAUGAAUAAUGUGGAGGACGUUGUUUUCCGAGGCUUCUGUCGUGACAUUGGCGUCGCAAACAUCCGACAGUACGAGGAGCGCGAGCUGCGCGCCCAGCAGGAGCGCGCCAAGCGACGGAUGGAGUUCGAGGCUCAGAUCGACCGCAUCGCCUCCAACUUGGAGUUCGAGCGGUCGCGAGACACGCAGAAGAACGUGACGCGCUGGGAGCGCACGGCGCAGGACGGCGAGGACGAGCUGGAGGCCAGCCGCCAGGCGGAGGCCAAGCAGCGCCAGGACAUCGACCGCGAGCUGCGGCGCGCCGACGCGCUCAAGGCCGACCGCGCCGCCGCGCGCGCGCAGCAGGAGCGCGCCGACGAGGCCGUGGCCGCCGCGCGUAAGGAUGUGGCGAACAUUCAGAAGGACAUCGCGACCAUUCAGAAGCAGAUCGCGAGCAUCGAGGCGCGCAUCGAGAGCCGGCGCAGCGAGCGACACAAUAUACUGCGGCAGUGCAAGAUCGACGAUAUCAUGAUCCCGCUCUUGGAGGGAAGUCUGGAUGACACGGCGGAGGGCGAGUCCGAUCCCUCGGGCUCCAGUGCGCAGCUGCGCCGAGACUCCAGGCUCCGCGUGGACUACCGGUCGCUGGGCGAGGCGCUGAAGGAGCUGGAGGAGGCGGACGAGAUCAAGCGCAAGGCCGACAAACUGCAGAAGAGCAUCAACUCGCUGCAGGCCACCGUCGACAAGAUUCAGGCGCCCAACAUGCGGGCUAUGCAGAAACUGAACGAAGUCCGCGAGAAAGUGAACGCGACGAACGAAGCCUUCGUUGCGGCGAGGAAGCGCGCACACAAGGCUAAACUGGCCUUUGAAAAGGUGAAAAAAGAACGACACGAUAAGUUCAUGACGUGUUUCGAGCACGUCGCCAACGAAAUAGACGCUAUAUACAAGGCGCUGGCUAUGAACCAGUCGGCGCAGGCGUUCUUGGGGCCUGAAAACCCCGAGGAGCCCUAUUUGGACGGCGUCAACUACAACUGCGUGGCGCCCGGCAAGCGCUUCCAGCCCAUGUCCAACUUAAGCGGCGGCGAGAAGACCGUCGCCGCGCUGGCGCUACUCUUCGCCAUUCACAGCUUCCAGCCGGCGCCGUUCUUCCUGCUGGACGAAAUCGACGCGGCGCUGGACAACACCAACAUCGGCAAGGUGGCGUCUUUCAUCCGCUCAAAGAAGGGCCAGCUGCAGACCAUCGUCAUCUCGCUCAAGGAGGAGUUCUACGGCUGCGCGGACGCGCUCGUCGGGAUCUGCUCCGAGCCAGCUGACUGCCUCGUCAGUGACGUGAUAACUCUCAGCCUUGAAAACUAUCACGAUUAAGUGUAGCGUUUGUUAUUCCAUAGUUUUAAGUUAUUUCAUUAUCUCACUAUUCAGUGAAUAUUUUUAUGUGACUUUAAAAUAUUUAAUAAAGGUUUAAUUUUUGUAA